UCCCCUCUACGCUCCCCGCAUUUUCCCGGAAAAUUAAAAAGGAAAACGAAGGAAAAAAAUUUUUUUUUUCGGGAAGUCGACAAUUGCGUCAGAGUCGGAAGCGAUCGCCCCCAUUCAUCACAGAGAGAGGGAAGAGGAAAAGGAGAAAGAAAGAGAAAGAUCUUCCUCUCCCCAUCGGAUCAGGCUGAUUUAAAAGCGAAGGCGGCGAGAAUUUAUUGAUAUGAUGUGUUUGAUAAUUCACCAUCAUUGAUGCACAUGACCUGACGCCACCCUUUUUUUUUUUUUUUAUUUCUUUCCUUCUUUUUUUCUCUGAUUUAUGGGUGAAUUUUUGUUAAUCUAGUCACUCUGGUUUUUGUAAGAGAGCGGCGUCAUAAAUUCGGGGUUGGGUUUGCGGAAUGGUUGAAUGGGAACAUCUCGGAGUUCGAGGAGGUGGCUUGCUUCUUCUUGUUGUUCUUGAUUAUUGAAUGCUGGUGCUAUUUGGUUGGUUUGGCCUUAGUGCGUUCAUUUUAGGUGGAUAAGUUUUGUCAUUCUUGGGCUCGGUUUUAGGUUUGGUUUUCAUCCCCCUGAGAGGGAAAGCUUGGGAUGUUGGUGUAUGGUAUCAUUGUUAUGGGCAGCUGCAGAGAGAACAGAGGUGUCUUCUGCUGUGCUACCUGAAUAGUUUCUUGGGGUUUUCCUUUUUUUCUUGGUGUUUUGUGAAGGGUAUUUUGAAAGAAAGGCGAAGAUGAAGUUUAUGAAGCUUGGGUCGAAGCCUGAUGCCUUCCAAGCUGACGGCAAAUGCAUCCGGUAUGUAACAUCUGAUCUGUCAACAGACGUCAUUGUUAACGUUGCUGAAGUGAAAUUUUACCUUCACAAGUUUCCUCUUUUAUCUAGGAGCAACCAUUUGCAAAAAUUAGUCCUUAAAGCUAAUGAAGAGAGCUCUGAUGAAAUUACCAUUGCUGAUUUUCCUGGUGGCCCAAAAGCAUUUGAAAUUUGUGCUAAAUUCUGUUAUGGAAUGACAGUUACUCUAAAUGCUUAUAAUGUUGUGGCUGCUCGUUGUGCGGCUGAGUACCUAGAGAUGACUGAAGAUGUUGAUCGAGGAAACCUGAUUUUUAAAAUUGAAGUGUUUCUAAAUUCAAGUAUUUUCCGCAGCUGGAAAGAUUCCAUUAUUGUUCUCCAAACAACAAAAUCUCUUCUGCCGUGGUCUGAAGACCUGAAGAUCGUUGGGAGAUGUAUCGAUUCCAUUGCUUCUAAAACCUCAGUGGAUCCUUCAAACAUCACUUGGUCCUACACGUAUAACAGAAAGUUAUCAGCUCCCAACAGAAUGGUUCAAGAUGAUGUGAAAUUGCAAGAGAAGGUUGAAUCUGUCCCAAAGGAUUGGUGGGUUGAAGAUAUAUGUGAGCUAGACAUUGAUCUUUAUAAGCGAGUCAUGACUGCUGUAAAAUCAAAAGGAAGAAUGGAUGCUACAGUGAUUGGUGAAGCAUUGAGAACUUAUGCUGUUAGAUGGUUGCCAGAUUCUGUUGAAGCUUUGGUUGCUGAUGCACAUUCUUGGAGGAACAAGUUGCUAGUGGAAACAGUUGUAUACUUAUUGCCUUCAGAUAAGGGUGUGGGCUGUUCAUGUAGUUUCUUGCUGAAACUUUUGAAAGUUGCUGUUUUGAUCAGGGUGAAUGAUUCUUCAUGGGAAGAUUUGGUGAAGAGGAUCAGCCUAAAGUUCCAUGAGGCGUCAGUCAAAGACUUGUUGAUCCCAGCACGGUCUCCACAAACUACCUUUUAUGAUGUUGAAUUGGUGCAAUGCCUUGUGAAACGAUAUCUUGUGCAUGAAAACUUUGGUCCGCAGUUAGAUGUCAUGAAGAAUGAGUUGGGAUGUGAUGAUUUUGUUUUAGGGCAUGGAUUGCUGUUAAAUGUUGGUAAAUUAAUAGACGGAUAUCUUGCAGAAAUUGCCCAUGACCCAAAUCUUGAUCUCGCCAGUUUCAUUGAUUUGUCUCGAUCUAUUCCAGAGACAGCAAGACCAAUUCAUGAUGGAUUAUACAAAGCCAUUGACCUGUACUUAAAGGAGCACCCUAGCUUGACAAAGUCUGAAAGAAAGAAGAUAUGUGGGCUGAUGGAUGUCAAGAAACUGACAAUGGAAGCAUCAAUGCAUGCUGCACAGAGCGAGCUGCUUCCUCUCCGCGUUGUAGUCCAAGUUCUCUUCUUUGAGCAGGUUAGAGCAGCUGCAGGAAUUCAAGCUCUUAACAACAAUCCCGGUGAAGUUUCCCAUUCAACAACAAACACAGAUGAAGAAUGGGACAAGAAUGCAACUGCAAAUGGAGAUUGUAACUCCCUCAAGAAACAGAUGAGUCAACUCAAGAUAAAGAAAGAUGAAUGCCAAAAGAACGGAAAACUGACCAAGAAGAGUAGUAGCAAAAACAGUAAAACUGGCAUUCAGUUGCUACCUUCCCGAUCUAGAAGAAUAUUUGACAAGCUGUGGGUUGUGGGCAAAGGUCAGUCAGAGAAUAGAAGCUCCGAGACAUCCGGGAGUUCACAAAGUCCAACUUCAAUGGUUCCAGGGGAUACCAAGUCCUCUGGUUCAUCCUCAAGAAACAGGAGGCAUUCCGUAUCCUAGGGAAGGACAUUCCGAGGCAAUCAAACCGGUGAAGAAGAUUCAAAACUGCUGAUAAGUGUAAAAAGUCGGUAGGAUUUUGUUGUAGCUUGCCUGUUUUAUCUUUAUUGUCUUUGUGUAGUAACAUUCCACUAAUGGGUCUUAGGUGCAGGAAAAUUUUAAUCAGUUCUUUUGGGUGUCGUGUUUCUAACCUGUCUUGUUUCCAAUUGCAAGGUUGUCCAUCCUAGUGUAUUUCGAAUCCUAUUUCAAUUCCCCACUCUUCUUUACUGCCACAUGAUAUCUUCUGUUUGUUUCCCGGGAAUUCCAUUUCAAAGCACUGGUGAGUAUAGAAUGAAAUGAAUCAAUCUGU